AUGCAUAUCCCUAGACUUCUUUUUCCCCUUCUUACAGCAUUUUCCACGGUCCAAAGCGCCGUGAUACACUCAAUUCGACAAUCAAAUGGCUUAUCUGUUGUGGCCGCUGAAGUGACAUCCAUGGGCCGAACGUUAGGCUGUGAUAUCCUGGCCAAACAACUUCCAAAACGAGGCCAGUCUCCAGAGUUGCCAGUCCCUGACUUGGGCCUUCGAUUAAAGUAUAUUACUUUGGGCGUUGGGACUCAGAACUACACCUGUGCCAACGGUGUCACCAAGCCUGUCCCUGUUGGCGCAGUUGCAACUCUUUACGAUGCUUCUUGCCUAGCUUCUCUAAACACUCGAGCUAUGCACAUUAUCAACGCGAUUUCAUUACAUUCAUCAAAAGCAUUAGCAACUUGGGUGCUCGAAAAACUCCUAAAGACGACUGUUCUAGGCCACCACUACUUCACUGGAGGCAAGCCCUUUUUCGACCUUUCAACUCAUGGUGGCUCAGAUAGAGCCUAUGUGUCUGUGGCCGCAAAUGUCCCUGCUCCCAAUAGCCACGACGUGCCCUGGCUGAAGCUGGAUACUACUGAAGGGUCUGGUAUAAAGGCUGUUUUCCGAGUUCUCACCCACGAGGGUACGAGCCCUGCAACGUGUCGAGGAAAGACUUCUGAAUUUCAAGUUGAGAGGGAAAUGUACAUUUUGGAAAGCAUAAUGGUGAGACAGGACAUAAAAGCAAAACAAUAUAACAUAUAUCUGGGCGAGCUGUUCAUGAGUUGCAAAUAA